GUUCGGUCUCGCGUCGUGACUCUUCGUUUACCUUUAAAUGGAAAACGUUUGGACGAGACCGUGAUUGGACCGCUUGGCUGUCAAUCACCCACAAUGGGGCGGAACUUUCGGGCCGCUGUUACAGACUGGAAAAAUCAGCAGUAGAGCAACACUCGUCGUGUUGAAAGACAGAACCGAGACGUCGAGCAGAAAUGGACCUAAUAGCAGAAUAAUGCUGAUUUCGUGAGGCUCCGGCAGGAGAUCGUGCCACAGCGAUCGUGUGUGUUUAAUGAGGAGGAUCUCGCUCGAUGUUACAGGAAGCGGGGGAGGGAAGAGCCGCAGCGACGCUCUAUUUUUAUCGUUUUGUAUUAUUUGAACUCGGCAUGAGCUAAAGUACCUUCACAGUCCGUGUGCCUGACAACACUGUCCUGUCGUUCAACACGAAUAAACGGCCGUUAACGGAUAUCAUCGAGACCGCGAAGGAUCCAGCGCGAGCGGACGGAGCCGCAGGGCAACCCUAUGCCAUGGAUUUAAAAACUGCUGUUUGCAACGCCGCCCGAGACGGCAAACUCAGACUCCUCCAGAAACUCUUAGAGAAUAAGAGCGAUCACGACGUCAUGAAACUCAUGGCAGAGAAAACCAACGGAGCGACGCCGCUACUAAUGGCCGCCCGGUAUGGGCACCUGGAGCUGGUGGAGUACCUGAUCGAGUGCUGCUGCGCGCCUGUUGAGGUCGGAGGCUCGGUGAACUUCGACGGGGAAAUCAUUGAGGGAGCGCCGCCGCUGUGGGCCGCGUCGGCGGCAGGACAUCUGAAAGUCGUGCAGUCUUUGCUGGGACACGGUGCCUCUGUGAACAAUACGACUCUUACAAACUCUACCCCGCUGAGAGCCGCUUGCUUCGACGGACAUUUGGAUAUUGUCAAAUACCUGGUGGAGCACAAAGCGGAUCUGGAAGUGGCCAACAGGCACGGACACACCUGCCUCAUGAUAUCCUGUUAUAAAGGACACAGGGAGAUCGCGCAGUACCUGCUGGAGAAAGGAGCUGACGUCAACCGGAAAAGUGUGAAAGGUAACACGGCUUUACACGACUGUGCCGAAUCCGGUAGCUUGGAGAUCAUGAAGAUGCUCCUGAAGUACGGCGCCACCAUGGAGAAGGACGGCUACGGAAUGACGCCACUGCUCUCAGCCAGCGUGACGGGCCACACCAACAUUGUGGAUUUCCUCACGCAGCACCCUCAGACGGGCCGAACGGAGCGGAUCAACGCGCUGGAGCUGCUGGGGGCCACGUUCGUGGACAAAAAGAGAGACCUGCUGGGAGCUCUGAAGUACUGGAAGCGAGCCAUGGACUUGCGGCACGGCGACCCAAACCACGUGCUCUUGAAAGAAGAGCCCAAGCAGCUGGUGAUGGCGUACGACUACACCAAGGAGGUGAACACGUUCGAGGAGCUCGACAGCCUGAUCGCCGACCCCGACGACAUGCGCAUGCAGGCGCUGCUGAUCCGCGAGCGCAUCCUGGGCCCGUCGCACCCCGACACGUCCUACUACAUACGCUACCGGGGGGCUGUUUACGCUGACUCGGGCAACUUCGAGCGCUGCAUCAAGCUGUGGAAGUACGCGCUGGACAUGCAGCAGAGCAACCUGGAUGCGCUCAGCCCCAUGACGGCCAGCAGCCUGCUCUCCUUCGCAGAGCUCUUCUCCUUCAUGCUGCAGGACCGCGCCAAAGGCCUGCUCGGCACCUCCGUGUCCUUCGAGGAGCUGAUGGAGAUCCUCAGCAAGAGCGUGCUGGAGAUCGAGCGUGCUGUCAAGCAGCCGCGGCCUGGCCCCGAUCCGGCCCAGCUCAGCAAGGUGCUCUCCAUCAUCCUGCACCUCAUAUGCCUGCUGGAGAAGGUGCCGUGCACCGUAGAGCAGGACCACUUCAAGAAGGAGACCAUCUACAAGUUUCUCAAGCUGCAGCCUUGCGGCAAGAACGGCUUCAGUCCGUUGCACCUUGCCGUCGACAGGAACACCACCUGCGUUGGCCGCUACCCCGUCUGCAAGUUCCCCUCCUUCCAGGUGGCGUCCAUCCUGCUGGAGUGCGGUGCCGACGUUAACUGCCGCGACGAGGACGACAACAGCCCGCUGCAUGUGGCCGCGUCCAACAACCACCCCGACAUCAUGAACUUGCUGAUCUCCUGCGGCACGCACUUCGACAGCACCAACUCCUUCAAGCAGACAGCCUGCGACCUGCUGGACCAGAAGGAGAUGGCCAAGAAUCUGAUCCAGCCCAUCAAUCACACCACGCUGCAGUGUCUGGCGGCACGCGCCAUCGUCAAACACGGCCUGACGUACCGCGGGAACAUCCCUGAGAGGCUGGAGGCGUUCGUGCUGCUGCACAGAUAGUGACAGAGUCAGAGUCCUGCCAUCUUUGCUCGGACCCCCGUCGCGUCUGUUCUCUGUUUCCUCUGCCGCAGGUUCGUAUCUGCUUCGCUCUCACUAUGCAAAGAUGGUAGGACCCACCGGAUGUUAGUUCGGUUCUCUCGAGCGGACUGGAAUGCUGUCAUUUCUCCCCUCCAGCGUAACGAGCAUUAUGACAUGCUUGAAGGAUUGCUCCACUUCCAGAAAAAAGAUUUCCUGAUAGUUUACCCACCCACAUGUCAUCCUAGAUGUUUGUGUCUUUCUCUCUUCCGUUGCAAAGAAAUUAAGUUUUUUGAGGAAAACAUUCCAGGAUUUUUCUCCACAUAGUGGACUUUAGUGUUACUCAGUGGAUUGAAAGUUAAAAAUGCAGUUUCAAAGGGCUCUAAAUGAUCCCAGCAGAGGAAUACUGAAACGAUCAGUUGUUUUCUGAAAAAAAUACAAAUUUAUACACUUUUUAACCUCAGUGCUCGUGUUGUCUAGCUAUGUGAUGCACUCGUGCGCUCUGUGUAUUCCGGUUCAUUACAGUUAGGGUAUGUCAGAAAACUCCCAUCUCAUUUUCUCCUCCAACUUUAAAAUCGUCCUACAUCGCUACAGAAGUACCGACCCAGUGUUUACAAAGUGAACGUGCAAAGAUGAUCAAACACCUUUUACAAAAAAAGGUAAAACGGUGAUGUAGGACUAUUUUGACGUCGGAGGAGAAACUGUUUUGAUCUGGAGUACACAGAGUUUGCAUGUGCAUCUCACAAGACGAGCUUAUAUAUAUAUAUAUAUAUAUAUAUAUAUAUAUAUAUAUAUCCUCGACUGGGAUCAUGUAGAGCUCUUUGAAGCUGCUUUGAAACUGUAUUUUUAACUUUCAAUCCAUUAAGCACUAUAUGAAGAAAAAAACUGGCAUGUGUUUUCCUCAAAAAACUUGGUUUCUUUGCGACUGAAGAAUGAAAGACAUGAACCUUUUGGAUGACGUGAGUGAAUAAAUUAUCAGGAUUUUUUUAUUCUGGAAGUGGAGUAAUCCUUUAAUGUUUGCAGAUACCAUAAGUGCUUUUAUUCUUCCUAUGCACAGGCUGUAAUAUCGGGACUGUUCUGUGUUACUGGAUUGUGCCACGUGUUCAUGCGAAUGCCUGUUUUUUUUUUUUUUUUUUUUUUUUUUUUUUUUUGUUUUUUUUUGUUACUUUAUGUUAAUCUUUUCUUCACUGUCUUCUAAUCUGAUCGUGAGCUGGUGAAAUCGCCCGUUUGAGUAAAUGCGGCUCUAUUGAAUGUUUAAUCUUUGAUCCCGGACGAGCUGUAAAAACCAAACCUCCUGAUUGUUAUUGCACAGCAUGUGCUCACGGUUUACCAUCAGACAUACAAACUGGUGCAGCUCUGCUUGAAGUCUGAAUUCAUGUGAUGAUUCUGUGUAGUUUAAGUUCAGCUUUGGCUACAUUUUGUGCGGUUUGAACUCAAGGGCUUUCGAUUCUUUUACAGGCACAAUACACUAGUAAAUGAAACAAAUGUACAGUCAAAAGGACUUGCACUUUAUUGCAGUGAAAUUUGAUAUUCAUAUUACGAUAGCAUAAAGCUUGUUGAUGUCCAUAGAGCAUAAUUGACAAUAAACCUCUGUUGCACUUGA